UGGCGCGCCUCCCCCGGAGCGAGAGGUUGAAGAACGGCGACAGCUUCAGCUCCGACACCUACUCCACCAUGCUAACCAUCCAACCGGGUCAAACUUUAAUUAUAACUUCUCAAAACCAAUGAUGUCCUCCCGUUUCAGUCGCUCUCCUCCGCUGGUGUCGGGCUACCGAGUAACGGAUUCCUGCUAGCCGUCUCCAUUUCCAGGCGACUCCGCGGACAAAACAAACACGGAUAAAUCCGAAAAACACCGAGAGCUGGGAGGGUGUCCACCCCCGGCCCGAUGCGACCGAACACCGCCGGAAUAAAACGCCAAACACGGGGGUUCAGAACACCGACAAGUCGGUCUCUUUUAAAACAAUUCUUCUCCUUUUCAGCUGAAGCUACGCGAAGCUGCAAGCUAGCUGAGCUGCAUUGUUUUGACUCUGGUCAGUUCAUCCUAGUUAAUGGGGAAAUCUGGUUCCGGUUAUUAUUUCAAAAUAAAAGUCUCAUUCCUUUAAUUAAAUAGCUUAGUAGCUUAAAUAUAUAUUUAGUAAUGUUUAUAAUGAUAUACGUUUUCCGUAAUUUCUUAAAUACUCUUGCUCUGACUCGGUUUUAAGUAAGUAAUUUGGCAAAAUUAUGACUUUACUUAUUUAUUUUGAAGGUCAUAAUAAUAAACUUCUGUCAAUACAGUGUGAUCCGUCAAGCUACGCAACACUGCCAUCUAUCGGUAAAAGAAAUAUACAAAAUAAUUUAAAAACAUGACAAAUACACAAAUCUAUCGCUGUCAUAUCAGCUUCAACUUCAAACUUGUGGCUUAUAUAACAUAUUGUUUAAACUACUAUUCCUGAACAGUGGCAAAUACUCCUUCCUUGUUCACAAUUUCUCCGCUCCCUCCUGCACAGAUCUACAAACACAAGGAUGGGUGUAACCAUUGGCAGUAACGGAAGCGUCAUGAUGUGUAGAUCUACUAGCUUUAGUUACAAGCGAAACUGGAACUCAUGCUCGUUCUUUGUGGGAGGAAACAUGGCGCAGAAAAGAAACUUGGACCAAGAAAAGUUUUCUUGUUCGAUUUGUUUGGAUCUCCUGAGGAAACCGGUGACCAUCCCCUGCGGGCACAGCUACUGUAAGAGAUGUAUUAAAAGCCACUGGAAUACCGAGGAGCGGAGGGGGACCUACAGCUGCCCUCAGUGCAGGAAAGUUUUCAGACCGAGGCCUGGUCUGGUGAAAAACAUCCUGUUGGCUAAUUUGAUGGAGGAGCUGAGGAAGACUGACCAGCAUGCUGCUCCAGCUGGAGCUGAAGAUGUGUCCUGUGACGUCUGCUCUGACAGGAAACUGAAAGCUGUCAAGUCCUGUCUGAACUGUUUGGCCUCUUAUUGUGAAAAACACCUCCGACCUCACCAUGAAGCUCCGCCAUUACAGAAACACCAGCUGGUGGAGCCCUCCAAGAAGCUCCAGGAGAACAUCUGUCCUCGUCAYGAUGAGGUGAUGAAGAUCUUCUGUCGUAUUGAUCAGCAGUGUAUCUGUUACCUCUGCACCAUGGAUGAACAUAGAGAACAUGAAACUGUCUCAGCUGCAGCAGAAAGAGCUGAGAAGCAGAAGGAGCUGGAGGAGAUCCGACAACAAAUCCAGCAGAGAAUCCAGGAGCGAGAGAAAGAUGUGAAGCUGCUCCAACAGGAGGUGGAGGCCAUCAAUGUCUCUGCUGAUAAAACAGAGGAGGACAGUGAGAAGAUCUUCACUCAGCUGAUCCGUCUCAUCCAGAAAAGAAGCUCUGAUGUGAAGCAGCAGCUCAGAUCCCAGCAGGAAACUGAAGUGAGUCGAGUCAAAGAGCUUCAGGAGAAGCUGGAGCAGGAGAUGACUGAGCUGAAGAGGAAAGACGGCCAGCUGGAGCAGCUCUCACACACAGAGGAUCACAACCAGUUUCUCCACAACUACCCCUCAGUGUCAGCACUCAGUGAGUCUCCACACUCAUCCAGCAUCAAGACUCGUCCUCUCAGAUACUUUGAGGACGUGACGGCAGCUGUGGACCAGCUCAGASWCAAGAUACAGGACGUCCUGAGGGACACCUGGACAAACAUCUCACUGAGAGGAACUCAAGAUUUAGUGUCAGAACCAAAAACCAGAAAUGAGUUCCUAAAAUACUCCAAAGAUCUAACGCUAGACUCAAACACAGCCUUCACACAUCUGUUAUUAUCUGAGGGGAACAGAAAAGUGACUCUGAUGAAAAAACAACAGUUUUAUCUCGAUCAUCCUGAAAGAUUUACGUUUUACGACCAGGUUCUGAGCAGAGAGAGUCUGACUGGUCGUUGUUACUGGGAGGUGGAGUGGAGCGGAGACGCCAUUCAUGUCGCAGCUUCGUAUAAAGACAUCAGCAGAGACGGGACAGCAGAUGAGUGUGCGUUUGGAUACAACGACAAAUCCUGGGUGUUGUGUUGCAAUGAGAAUAGCUACAGUUUUUGCUUCAACAAGGUGAAGACUCCAGCCUCAGGUCCUGCUUCCUCCAGGAUCGGAGUGUACCUGGACCACACAGCAGGGGUUCUGUCCUUCUACAGGGUCUCUGACACCAUGACCCUCCUCCACAGAGUCCAGACCACCUUCACUCAGCCGCUCCACGCUGGAGUUCGACUUUUUGAUGAAGGAGAAUCUGCUGAGCUCAGGAAAGUUCAAUAAACAUGAGCAGAAGAUGUGAUACAACUUUUGUUUUCCUAAAGUGCUUUAAUCUGCAGAUUAUUCUACUUAAUUUCAACUGUUCUUUUUGGUAAAGAGGACAAAUAAUAAAA